CCCUUCUUUCUAUUCACUAUUCCUUCUUCCUUCAUAAUUUAUUCAAUAAACAUUAAAAUUCUUCUUCCUCCUCCUUCGACGGGCACUGGUGGACUGGUGGUUGCUUUGAAGUUUAAGGCUCCGCCCCCUGGUCAGGUUAUUGGGCCAAAUAAAGGGUCAUAUGAAGAGACCUUCAGCUCUGGUGGAUGUGUUUCUGGUACUUGCAUUGUUUAGUUGCAACUCAUGGACAACGCGGAGCAGCUCAGAAAGCUGCAAUCCAAAUUAUGUUGAGGAAAUUCGACCUCAUAGUGUUAGUAUUACUGAAUUUGGAGCCGUUGGAGAUGGAAUCACUCUCAACACAAAAGCAUUUCAGAAUGCCAUUUUCUACCUAAAUUCUUUCGCAGACAAAGGCGGAGCAAAGCUUUUUGUCCCAGCUGGCCAAUGGUUAACCGGAAGUUUUGAUCUUAUCAGCCACCUAACUUUGUGGUUGGACAAGGAUGCAGUAAUUCUUGGAUCAACGAACUCCGAUGAUUGGCCCAUUGUGGAUUCCCUACCCUCAUAUGGUCGAGGAAGGGAGUUGCCUGGUGGAAGGCAUAAAAGCCUCAUUUAUGGUAACAAUUUGACUGAUGUUAUCAUUACAGGUAAUAAUGGAACUAUAGAUGGUCAAGGGAGAAUCUGGUGGAGCAGGUUUCGGAACAAAACAUUGGACUAUACACGUCCCCAUUUGGUUGAAUUGAUGAAUUCAUCUGGGAUUCUCAUUUCAAAUUUAACUUUCUUGAAUUCACCAUUUUGGAAUAUUCACCCUGUAUAUUGCAGCCAUGUUACAGUUCAAAAUGUCACAAUCCAUGCUCCCUCCAGUUCUCCGAAUACAGAUGGGAUAAAUCCAGAUUCUUCAGAUGAUAUAUGCAUUGAAGAUUGUUACAUAAGCACCGGGGACGAUCUGGUUGCCAUCAAAAGUGGUUGGGAUGAAUAUGGAAUUUCGUUUGGUCGUCCUAGUACAAACAUUGUCAUCCGUAGGCUCGUUGGGAAAACAACAAGCGCAGGAAUCGCUAUUGGAAGUGAGAUGUCUGGAGGUGUUUCAGGUGUUUUUGCAGAGGAUAUUUACAUUUUUGAUUCGCAUACAGGGAUUGGAAUAAAGACUGCUCGCGGAAGGGGUGGUUAUGUUCGAAAUGUCUAUAUCUCAAAAAUGACAUUGGAUAAUGUAGAUAUUGCUAUUAGGCUCAAUGGCUUAUACAAAGAACAUCCUGAUGAUGAUUACAACCCAGAUGCUUUGCCUGUAAUAGAAAAGAUUACUAUCAAGGAUGUGAUAGGAGAAAAUAUCAAACGCGCAGGCCUUAUACAAGGUAUAAAAGGUGACAAUUUUGUCGACAUUUGCCUAUCAAAUAUCACACUUAGUGUGAGCUCAAAAACUCCAUGGAACUGCUCGAACGUUGAAGGAUACUCGGAUUUGCUUUCGCCUGAAGCUUGUGGUCCUCUCGAAGAAAGUAUAUUCCCGGAGCAUGUUUCAGAUUGUUACAAUCCAGGAAAUCCAUUAAGGAGUUCAAGCACUAGAAAUCAAGGUGCUUCUUGGUUGCUGUCUUGGUAACUUCUUGAAUUUGAAGCAUUGUACUAAGAAAAGUUCACUUAGAAACGAAUUUUACUCGACAUAAGUUGAGUGAAGUUGCUUGAGCUGUUGCUGUUCUCUUAUCUGCAGAAUGAUACCGAAAGAUGAUUGUUUAUUUAACUUGUGUGCAGCAACAAAUAAGUGAUUGAUAUAUAAAUUUGAUUGAUUUCCUGUCA